UUGGGAGUUGCACUAGUUUGCGGGGUGGCGGAGAGGCCGGGCGGGGGGCCAUGGAGGAGGACCGGGGGUCGUCGCCGGCGGCCGAGUCGGCGCUGGAGAAGAACGUGGCGGAGCUGACCGUCAUGGACGUGUACGACAUCGCGUCGCUCGUGGGCCACGAGUUCGAGCGGGUCAUCGACCAGCACGGCUGCGAGGCCAUCGCGCGCCUCAUGCCCAAGGUCGUGCGUGUCCUGGAGAUCCUGGAGGUGCUGGUCAGCCGCCACCACGUCGCGCCUGAGCUGGACGAGCUGCGCCUGGAGCUGGACCGUCUGCGCCUGGAGAGGAUGGACCGCAUCGAGAAGGAGCGCAAGCACCAGAAGGAGCUGGAGCUGGUGGAGGACGUGUGGCGGGGGGAGGCGCAGGACCUCCUCUCCCAGAUCGCCCAGCUGCAGGAGGAAAACAAGCAGCUCCUGACCAACCUCUCGCACAAAGACGCCAGCUUGUCAGAGGAGGAGUUCCAGAAGCACGAAGGCAUGUCAGAGCGCGAGCGGCAGGUGAUGAAGAAGCUGAAGGAGGUGGUGGACAAGCAGCGAGACGAGAUUCGCGCCAAGGACCGGGAGCUCGGCCUGAAGAAUGAGGACGUGGAGGCUCUGCAGCAACAGCAGACCCGGCUGAUGAAGAUCAACCAUGACCUCCGGCACCGCGUCACAGUGGUGGAGGCCCAGGGGAAGGCCCUGAUCGAACAGAAGGUAGAACUAGAGGCAGAUCUGCAAACCAAGGAGCAGGAGAUGGGCAGCCUGCGGGCCGAGCUCGGGAAGCUGCGGGAGAGGCUGCAGGGCGAACUCAGCCAGAACGGAGAGGAGGCGCCCGAGACGGAGCCGGGCGGCGAGGAGUGCCUCUCCGAGGCGGAGAAGAUGGCCAUGGAUCUCAAGGACCCCAACCGCCCCCGCUUCACGCUGCAGGAGCUGCGGGACGUGCUGCAUGAGAGGAACGAGCUCAAGUCCAAGGUGUUCCUGUUGCAGGAGGAGCUCGCCUACUACAAGAGUGAAGAAAUAGAAGAGGAAAAUCGAAUACCCCAGCCUCCACCGGUCGCCCACCCGAGAAUGUCCCCCCAGCCGGAGUCUGGGAUCAAGCGACUUAAAGAAGGUCCUUUAAGUGACGGGUUUAGCUUCUUCUCCCGAGAUAAGAAGCGUCUGGCCAACUCGCAGAGAGCCGUGCACAUCCAGGAGUCCUUUGGCCAGUGGGUCAACUCCCACCGUGACGACGGUUACACGGAGCAAGGACAGGAAGCGCUGCAGCACCUGUGACCACAGCCCACCUCUGCCCUUGGACCCGAACUGUCCACCGCCGGCAGCGGAACCUGGCAGCCGCGGGGGCCACUGCCCGGCACACCGCUCGGGUCAGAGGCACCCUCAAGACUGGUCCCUCAGACAAACUGUCUCCUUUGAGGAAGCACACUGAAAAACUGAUGCCAAACUCUAAAGAAAUGUUUAUUUAUACCCAGGGCUAUCACCGUUUAUAAUAGAUGACUGAUUCCUUAGGAUAUAUAUUUAAUAAUAACCAUGAGCAGAGGCCAGACUUUUGCAUUAACUUCAGUAACACAGCUUCUUUAAGCCAAAUACAUCACGUGCCACUAAACUCGCUGUUUGAUUUGCUUUGUA